UCAUCCCAUUCUCUUAUACUUGUAAGAAAGAAGGAAAACUUCAUCUUCGAUAAUAAUAUUGAAACGUUAACAAGUUCAAGACUAGAUAGUGUGAAUCUGGGUUGCUAGCUAUAAUGAAUUCAUUUUUCUUACACUUUUCAUGAUUAAUUGAAAAUCUUUGGUGCUUAUCUUAAAAGAAAAGGAGACAAAUAAAAGGAAGAAGUUAAACUUGAAGAGUUUAAACAUGCUCCCAGUAACUUCUUUUAACAGAUUACUUGAGACUUGGCAUGGAGUAGCCGUAGUAUUCCCUUCGUGCAUAAAUAUUGAGAGACUGCGUGUGAGGUUUAAUUCUUUCUUGUCCCUGGCUGUGUCAACAUUUCUUGGAUGCGACACCUAGCUGAUUAAUUGGGUGUUCUUCAUAACAUUUGAGUUUGGCUCAUCCUGGUUUCCAGCUUGAAACUUGAUUUAUUUUUUCUGAUAUACUACAAUAAACAAAGCCGUUCUUUUUUUGUCUCUCUAAGUUUAAGCUUCUGGUGAAUCCGAGUUUCGGGUUUCACGACCAAAUUUGAGAGAAGUUGAAAAUCUUAGACACGGACGAAUAUGAUGGCUGGAGUUGGAUCAAAAUGGUGGUACGGCACUUCAUCUUCAAGACUAAGAGGGAAAAUCUUGAUUGGUUUGAUUGUUGCAAUUUCAACAUUGACGAUGGCUGUAGCAGAGCCAAGUUUGAAACUGAAAGAUUCAUUUUAUAAUGGGACUCAAAAGGUUGAGCCUCAUCAUGGAACAACAAGCCAGUCGGGUUACAAACAUGUUUGGCCUGAUAUGAAAUUUGGUUGGAAAACUGUGGUGGGUACUAUAAUUACGUUCUUGGGAGCAGCAUGUGGGAGUGUAGGAGGUGUUGGUGGAGGUGGCAUUUUUGUACCGAUGCUUACCCUCAUUGUUGGGUUUGAUUCCAAAUCAUCAGCAGCGAUAUCAAAAUGUAUGAUCACAGGUGCAGCAGCAUCGACUGUUCUUUAUAAUAUAAGAUUAAGACAUCCUACGCUGGAACUGCCUAUCAUCGACUACGAUCUGGCACUUCUAUUUCAGCCAAUGUUGAUUCUGGGAAUUAGCAUAGGAGUCACCCUGAAUGUGCUCUUUAGUGAUUGGAUGAUCACGAUUUUGCUAAUCAUUAUCUUCGGCGCAACAUCAGCCAAGGCAUUCUUCAAAGGUGUUGAAACAUGGAAGAAAGAAACCAAAUCAAAACAGGUCAUCCCACUUUUCCCUCUUACUCUAAGCCUAGUUUGUCUAUGGUGUUCUAAUACAGUUUGUUUCCUCGAGUUCCACAACUCAAUUGUUUCUGUAAGUUUUCAGGAAGCUGCUAGUGUACAGUUGGAUAACUCUGACUACGAAAUUGAAGCAGCGGAGGAAAAUGCCCCUCCUGGAGGCACCACCAGUCAAUAUCAAAUAAAAUCCGAGUCCAAAAAAGAAAUGGUCUCAAUUACAGAGAAUGUUUAUUGGAAGGAACUUGGAAUUCUUGUUGCUGUCUGGCUGAUCAUCCUUGCGUUGCAGAUUGGCAAGAAUUACUCAACCACCUGCUCAGUUGAAUAUUGGUUAUUGAACACAAUGCAGAUCCCGGUGGCAGUCGGUGUAACUUCAUAUGUGGCCGUUAGCCUGUACAAAGGGCGGAGAAAGAUUGCAUCCAAGGGAGAAGCAAGAAAUAACUGGCCUUUGCACAGACUUUUCUUUUAUUGUGUCACAGCUCUUAUGGCUGGCACAGUUGGAGGCAUGCUUGGACUUGGUGGAGGAUUCAUUUUGGGUCCUCUUUUUUUGGAGAUGGGAAUCCCUCCACAGGUGUCAAGUGCCACUGCCGCCUUUGCCAUGAUGUUUUCUGCAUCAAUAUCUGUUGUAGAAUUUUACCUUCUGAAACGUUUCCCCGUUCCUUACGCUCUCUACUUCUUCGUCGUGGCUACCAUUUCUGCCGUGGUUGGGCAGCAUGUAGCAGGAAAGCUGAUCAGAAUAUUAGGGAGAGCAUCUCUAAUCAUCUUCACUCUAGCCUUUAUAAUAUUUGCGAGUGCAAUAUUAUUAGGUGGGGUUGGCAUCGGACGCUCGAUAAAACAGAUUGAGAGGAAUGAAUACAUGGGAUUUGAAAACAUUUGCUCAUAGGAAGCAGCUUAGUUUUCAAUUCUCUCUUCAUUUACUAUAUCUGAAAAUCCUUUAAUUAUAUUUAAAUCUGCCCUUUUCUCUCUAGACUCCACCCCCUGUUAGGAUAAAGAUAGAUCCAUGGCACGAAUCCUGUUUAACGAGAAUGGCACUUAUUCUUUUAAUGAUGAAAAGUGUACAAGUUUUAGGGAUAAAUACAAGAAAUCUCAUAUAUAUAUAUA